ACACAACCAACAAAUUCAACAACGUACUCUAAAGCCAUAUAUAGCACUUCGCUCACUAUACAAAGUUUGACUAUCAUCGACUAUUAUAACAAUCGCGACUAUUUCAAGAAAACCAACGAUGACUAAUAUUAACUCGAUUUCGUGCUCGUUGGAUUCCAAUCACUCGCAAGAAACAUCAUCAUCUUCGUCUGAAAGAUCAUCAUCAGCACCCGACGAAGGAAUUAUCCUAUUAGCUUCGAGUCGACCCAAGAAACGAGCAGGGAGAAAGAAGUUCAAGGAAACUCGCCACCCGAUUUAUAGGGGAGUGAGGAGGAGGAACAAUAACAAGUGGGUUUGCGAGCUACGCGAGCCUAGUAAGCAGAAAAGAAUAUGGUUAGGAACUUAUCCUACACCAGAAAUGGCGGCUCGAGCUCAUGAUGUAGCUGCAUUAGCACUUAGAGGUAAUUCCGCUACUCUAAACUUCGCUGACUCCCUUUGGAGGUUGCCAGUGAUAGUAUCAAAGGAUCCUAAGGACUUACGCCAGGCUGCUGUAAAAGCAGCCGAGGCGUUUCGUCAGGAUCCUGAGUUAGUUAGGGUCGACUAUAUGAACGAAGAAGUUAAUUCAAAUGAGGAAGUAAAGUGCCAAGAGAAUUUUGUUAAUGGAAAUGGCAAUGAUAUGGGGGUUAAGGAAGUGAAAAUGAAGAAUAUGGAGAUAGAAAAUAUUUUUUGUUCUAAUUGGGGAGAAAAUAGUGAAGAAUCAUGGCAAGAAAAGAUGGCAGAGGGGCUUUUGUUUUCACCAACUCCUCGUUUAGGUAAUUGUUUCAGUUGGGAUGACGUGGAGAUUAGUGACGUUGAAGUGUCUUUGUGGAAUUAUAAUAUUUGAUUGAUGUGCAGUUAGAGGCUCAUUCAAAAUUUAAACAUUAUUAGUUUCAACUCGAAAUUUUACCACAAUAAUAUAAUUGACUUACUA